UUGAAUAUAUUAUUGGAUGACUUUAUUGGAUCUUACCUUACAGAACAUAUAAAAGGAGAAUGCUAUGCUUGUAGCUACAGUUAUAAAGUACAAACAGCAGAGUACAAAAAAGGAAUGUGUCAUGUAAUUCAGGCUACAAAUUUGUACACUUAUUUUUUAUCAAAUGUGAUAAUAUUAAGUUAUAUGUGUAUCGAUCUAUACGGGCAAUAGUGUGUUUUUCUUACCUUUUAAUAUAUAUUUUAAAAUGCAAACAUUGGUUUCAAUAAACACUUUCAAUACAACUUCUCAUGGUGAAGUUAAUCCUUCACAGUUUUCUAUUUUAACAACCACCAUGGGCCCAACAUUUGCAAGGCAGUAUAUGCGUUUUAACAAUCAAACAGUUGUCAGUAAAGUACCUGAAGAAAUGUUACAUUUAAUUGACACAUACUGGUAUCGGUUCCCUCCAAUGCAUCCAUUAUGGCAUAAAAUCUUAGGUCUAGUUAUGAUCGUGUUAGGAAUCAUUGGAUGGUUUGGAAACGGUGUAGUAGUUUAUGUUUUUUUACUCACACCAUCUUUAAGAACACCAAGCAAUUUACUUGUAGUAAAUCUUGCCUUCUCAGAUUUUAUAAUGAUGGGCUUCAUGUGUCCUCCUAUGGUGAUUUGCUGCUUCUAUGAAACAUGGGUUCUUGGAACGUUAAUGUGUGACAUUUAUGCGAUGGUCGGCUCAUUAUGCGGAUGUGCUUCUAUAUGGACAAUGACGGCUAUCGCAUUAGAUAGAUACAAUGUUAUAGUGAAGGGCAUGUCUGGAACGCCUCUUACAAUCAACAGAGCUUUAUGCCAGAUUUUAGGUAUUUGGCUGUUUGGUUUAUUAUGGACAAUUUUACCUUUAGUAGGAUGGAACAGAUAUGUUCCUGAAGGUAACAUGACAGCAUGUGGAACAGAUUAUCUUACUGAAGACUGGGGAUCCAAAUCAUACAUUCUGGUUUAUUCUCUUUUUGUUUAUUAUACUCCAUUAUUUACUAUUAUUUAUAGUUACUAUUUCAUUGUCUCAACCGUCGCCGCGCACGAAAAAGCAAUGAAAGAUCAAGCCAAAAAAAUGAACGUCGCCUCUUUGCGAUCCGGGGAAAAUCAAGGCGCCAGCGCAGAAGCAAAGUUAGCAAAGGUAGCACUGACAACAAUAUCAUUGUGGUUUAUGGCAUGGACGCCGUACCUUGUAAUCAACUAUAUUGGAAUAUUCAAUCGUUCCCUGAUCACACCCUUGUUUACUAUAUGGGGUUCUUUAUUCGCUAAAGCAAACGCGAUAUAUAACCCGAUCGUUUAUGGAAUCAGUCACCCAAAAUACAGAGCAGCACUGAAAGAAAAGCUACCGUUUUUGGUUUGCGGUUCGACCGAAGAGCAAGCGGCUGGAGGAGAAAAAGCUGCUGAAACGGAAGGGAAAUCUUAAUUACAGAUUCAAAAGAUUUUUGUAAAUCAAUCUGUCUUUUUAUAAAUCGCUACUAAUGACUGUAUUUAAGGAACAGUGGCAAUAAUUAAAGUAAACGCAUCGUUAUCGU